UCAUAUAUUUUUCAGCGGCUCCUGGGGUCUCGCUGUGCUGCUGGACUGUACCAGUUUCAUCCGUAGAGGGGGGUACGCAAGACCUCAUUAACUUCAGCACCUGGACAGCGACCGUCCCGGAAACCCUUCUCUGGUGAAACAAUGCGAGCAUUCAGUGGAACGAUAUUCCUCCAAGACACGCUUUGACAAACAAUGCGAAUUCCGAGACCUUUUCUUGCAGGAUAGAAAGGUGGCUGUAUUGCGCACCUAUAUCUCGCAGAAACAGCGCCAGUCCCGAGGCUUCCCUUCCUUGCAGGGAGGGUGCGAGUGAAGCAAGGACAAAACGCCGCGGUUCUCUUUGUUUACAUCGGAAUAAAAGUGAGAAUGCGACGGAUUGUCGGAACGGAGCUGCCGCUGAUAUUGUGGAUAUGGAGUGUUUAUGUGAAGCUCAGCGGAGGAGCCCAGAGGUGUGAUGAGGUGUUGGCUUCACCCCUUCCCUACAGCGCCUUCACCAGCUCCUCCGUGUUGGCAGCUGAUUUUGGCGCUGGCUAUGCAAAACUCAACAGGAGAGUAGGCAAUGGAGGAUGGUCACCGUCAGAUUCCGACAGGUACCAGUGGCUACAGGUGGACCUCAGGGCCAGGAAACAGAUCACUGCCAUAGCAACACAGGGCAGAUACAGCAGCUCUGAUUGGACAAAACACUACAGGCUCCUCUACAGUGACACGGGAAGUAACUGGAAGCCGUAUCGGCAGGACAGCAACAUAUGGACAUUUUCAGGUAACUGGAACUCAGAGCGGGCCGUGCGCCAUGAACUCCAGCACCCUUUCGUGGCCCGAUUUGUGCGUUUCAUCCCGCUGGACUGCAGUGAGGAGGGGAGAAUUGGGUUGAGAGUGGAGCUCUAUGGCUGCGCUUACUGGGCGGAUGUGAUCAGCUUUGACGGCCAGGGAGUGAUUUCCUAUCGAUUUAGACAGAAAAAGAUGAAGAUCUUGAAGGACGUGAUAUCACUGAAGUUUAAGACCACUAAAGGAGACGGCAUUCUGCUGCACGGAGAGGGACAGCAGGGCGAUUAUAUCACUCUAGAGCUGCAGCAAGCCAAACUCCUGCUGCAGAUCAACCUGGGCAGUAAUCAGUACGGCUCCAUUCAGGGUCACACAUCGGUGUCCAGCGGCAGUCUGCUGGAUGACGACCACUGGCACUCUGUUCUGAUCGAACGCUACAGACGCAGUGUUAACUUCACGCUCGACCAGCACACGCAGAGCUUCCGCACCAAUGGAGAGUUUGACAAUCUCGACCUGGACAACGAAAUUACAUUUGGAGGGAUGCCAGUGUCUGCCAAGCCCAGCUCAGGGGGCAGAGAGAACUACAUCGGCUGCAUGGAGGCCAUUCAUUACAACGGGGACAACAUCACUAACCUCGUGCGCAGGAGAAAAGUAGACACCUCCAGCUUCCAUAACCUGACGUUCUCCUGUGCGGAAUCACGCACGUUCCCUGCCUUCUUUAACUCCACCAGCUCCUUGCAGCUUCUGGGUCGGACCGAUGAAGACACGGUGUCCGUCCGACUGCAGUUUCGGACGUGGAACCCCAGCGGCCUGCUGUUCUUUACCCCGCUCAUGCCUGGAGGGGUGGAGGUCAGUCUGGUGGAGGGAAAAGUUACUGUCCACAUCUACGUCACACUGGGCAAGAACACACGCGUGGACAUAUCCUCAGGUUCUGGUCUUAAUGAUGGACAGUGGCACAGUGUUCACUUCCCACCACAAAAAAUCACCACCAUGACCACCAAAAAAGACAAGAUAUCCACACAGAGAGAUCCUAUCCCCAUUCAUAACAUCACUACAGGAGAAUACUACUUUGCAGGAUACUUCCCGCGGACAGACCUUUCUCCAUCACAGCGCUCCUUUCAGGGCUGCAUGCAGCUCAUACAUGUCGAUGACCAGUUGGUCAAACUGCAGUCUGUGGAGCAAGGCAUGCUGGGUAGCUUUGAGAACGUCAGUCUGGAUAUGUGUGCCAUCAUAGACAGAUGUGUGCCAAACCACUGUGAACAUGGAGGCAAGUGCUCUCAAACUGGAGAUAUGUUUAAAUGUGCCUGUGAAGGCACUGGAUACUCUGGUGCAACCUGCCACAACUCUAUGUACGAGCAGUCCUGUGAGGAGUACAAACACUUGGGCCGAAGCUCAAACACAUACUGGAUCGAUCCGGACAGCAGCGGACCCCUCGAGCCAUUCAGAGUCACCUGCAAUAUGAUGGAAGACAAAGUGUGGACAACCGUUGUGAAUGACCUUCCAGCUCAAAGCUCUGUGUCAUCGGGUUCCAGACCUGAAGACAAGACUGUGCUCACACUCAGUUACAGCAUGUCUGCUGAACAGGUGAACGCCGUCACCAGCAGCGCUGAGUUCUGCGAGCAGCAUGUGGCGUACAUGUGCUACAAAUCACGCUUGCUCAACUCAACAGACGGCUCUCCAUUCACAUGGUGGGUCGGCAGGGGAAAUGAGAAGCACUUUUACUGGGGCGGCUCAGGACCAGGUGUGCAGAAAUGUGCCUGUGGCAUUGAACGCAACUGCACAGAUCCAAGAUACUACUGCAACUGUGAUGCAGAUCUGAGUCAAUGGAAAGAAGAUGCUGGUAUGUUGAUGUAUAAGGACCAUCUGCCUGUCAGUCAGGUGGUGGUUGGUGACGUACACCGCUCUGGAUCUGAAGCCAGACUCACCGUGGGGCCGCUGCGCUGUCAGGGAGAUCGUCACUUCUGGAACGCAGCAUCCUUCAACACACCUGCAUCUUAUCUUCAUUUUCCCACCUUCCAAGCCGAGACCAGCGCAGACGUCUCCUUCUAUUUUAAGACUUCAGCCUCUCAUGGUGUCUUUCUAGAAAUCCUGGGCAAUCCGGAUUUUAUUCGCUUAGAACUCAAAUCUGCUACAGUGGUGUCAUUCUCAUUUGAUGUGGGCAACGGGCCGGUGGAAUUAACCGUACGCUCAUCUACACCCCUCAAUGAUGACCAGUGGCACAGGGUGGAGGCGGAGCGGAAUAUUAAAGAGGCCGUUUUGCGAUUGGACAAGGUGCAUAGGGAGGCGCGGUCAGCCCCGCCUCAGGGCCACACCCGCCUGCAGCUCUUCAGCCAGCUGUUUGUAGGUGCCUCAGGGGGGCAGAGAGGAUUUCUGGGCUGCAUUCGUGUCCUAAAAGUCAAUGGAGUGACACUUGACCUUGAAGGGAGGGCAAAGGUCACACCAGGGGUGAAGCCUGGAUGCUCGGGUCACUGCAGCAGCUAUGGGAUGCUUUGCCAGAAUGAAGGGAAAUGUAUAGAGAAGUACAACGGAUACUCGUGCGACUGCAGUCUGACCGCCUUCGACGGGCCUUUCUGCAAUGAUGAUGUCGGAGGGUAUUUUGAGAGCGGGACCCUGGUGAGGUACGACCUCAUGUCUGAGAGCAGCUCUGGAGUCCCGAGCGCGGUGGGUAAUCUGACCCGUGAGGAGCUGAGCUUUAGUUUCAGUACGUCCCACACACCUGCUGUCCUCAUCUACAUUAGCUCCAAGACACAGGACUACCUGGCCGUGGUGCUGCGGCACAAUGGUACUCUACAGAUCCGCUAUAACCUGGGAGGACUGAGGGAGCCGUUCACGAUCAGCCUGAAUCAUCGUAACAUGGCUAACGGUCAGCCUCAUAAUGUCAACAUCACCCGACAGGACAGACUCGUUCAGCUGCAGGUGGAUCAUUAUCCUACAGUGAGCUACACUCUUCCUGAAACCUCGGACACUGAGUUCAACCUCGUGAAGACCAUUUUCCUUGGAAAAGUUUUUGAAACAGGUCAGAUUGAUCCGGUGUUGAUAGAGCGAUAUAACACACCUGGAUUCGUGGGUUGUCUCUCCAGAGUGCAGUUCAACCGCAUCGCCCCGCUGAAGGCAGCCCUGAGGACCGGAGUGCCCUCCACAGCCUCCAUACAGGGGGUCCUAGUGGAGUCCAACUGCGGGGCGUCUCCACUCACAGUACCACCAAUGUCUGCGGUCUUUGACCCCUGGGACCCAGAUUCAGGUGCCCAGUUCCCAUUCAACGAGGAGAGAGUCAGCCGUGAUGGCGUCAACAGACACUCUGCCAUAUUUGGAGGCAUCAUCGCAGUGGUGAUUUUCACCAUCCUCUGCACGCUAGUGUUCCUGGUGCGUCACAUGUUCCAUCACAAGGGCUCCUACCACACCAACGAAGCCAAAGGGGCGGAGUCUGCCGACUGCGCUGAUGCAGCCAUCAUCGUGAAUGACCCCGCCUUCACAGAGACCAUCGAUGAGAGCAAGAAGGAGUGGUUCAUUUAGCCACACCCCCUGGGAGGGGCUUCGUUUUCUGACAUGGAUACCCUGAGGAACACAGCCGAUGUGAAACGGACACUUGGCAAGUCCAUUCGGACCACAGUCUGUGCACUGACUGGCAUGUCUGUUCUGUAAUUAUUUUGUAUGUACGUGAAUACAGCACAAGGACGUCUGUGAGAUCAAAUUCAUCCCAUGCACACAUGACAGGCAUAUUCCAUAUGGGACGAUGGUAAAACAAUAACAACUAAUGCAUUUUUAUCAUUGCAAUACUGCUGGCAAAUAUGAAUGCACCAAAUACACCAAUAGCACAAAACGGAAUGUGUACAGAACGAUGCAUAAUUAUGUUUCUGAAAAUGACAUUUGAUUGUAUUUAAACAUUUUGUUGUUUGUUGUCAGCAUCUUCAGGACAAUAAUAUAUUGUAGCAUGGUAAUCAGCCAGUGGCAUUCUGAAUCAUUCAUCAAUGUUAAUGCAGCACUUUUGUAUCUCAUGGUAAAUGUUCUUUAUAGUUAUUAUAAUUCAGUGUUAUUUAUCUGUUUCUCCAUAAGUGCUUGUUCAAACUCUGUUGAAAACACGGCAGGCGGUUUAGAAGGUUUUUCAUAAGGAGAUGCUCUUAAAAACAUGAAAGCUCUAGAUAGAGAGUUUAGUUCAGUAGUAAAUGAUCUUGAAUGGUUCAUUUGCUCCAGUGUCUUUUAAUGUGCCUCAAAGGUUCAAGGUUUCUUCUGGCCUAGCAUGGAUUUUGUGAUAGAUUCGAUGACCCUUAAUUGUUAAUAUAGGAGAAAGUUUUUUUGUGUGUGUGUGUGUUUGCAGUUUAAUGCACUGCUCAUUUGAAAUCAGCAGCACAAAUUUAUGUACAAACCAUUUUUAAUAUUCCCUUCAUUGUGCUUGGUUUAGUCACUUUUAUUUCUUAAAGGGACAGUUCACUCAGUUUCUUUCUUCUGAAUGUGGGUAACCGAACAGUUGAUGGUCCCAACAACUUGAGGGUGAGUAAAUGAGGACAGAACUAUGUCUGAAUUACAAAUGUGUGUCUUUCUGGCAGUUUAUUAACAUGGUCACAUAUAAGAGUUUGUCUUCUCUGCUCAUGUGAAUUCACUAACAAGAGUAUUAUUCAAACAACAGAUAGAUUAUAAAAAACCUGGUUUAUAUGAAGCACUAUAAUAAUGUUUCUUUCUGUACAAUUUCAGUUGUUUCAUUAAUUAUUAAUGUGUUUUACGUGUCUCCAUGCAUUAUCAAUAUAUCGAUUGGUCUUUUAAAUGAACAAAAUCACUUAUUUAUUAAGGUUUGUCGCAUCAAAAUUAUUAUUAUGUGAUUUUAUUAUAAUGUAAUGCAAUCAUUUGUUCUCAUGUUCUUUUUCAAAAAUGCUCAUGUAUGAUAUGGAGAAAUGUAAUUUCAUGUUGAGGGUUUUAAAAAAAACUGACUCUCCAAUAAUGAACACAAUGCAAAUCUCAAUAAACUACUGGAUUGUUUUU